AUGAAAAAUGGUUUUGAGGACGAAGAAAAACAGUAUGAAUGUUAUAAUGAUGGCAACAAAUGCACGCAAACUAAAGUUGAAGGAAUGGCUAUUGUGACUGUUGCUGCUGCUGAUGAUGAUGGUAAUGAUGAUAAUGAUGAUGAUGGGAAGGAGGAGGAUGAGGUGAAGAAGCAGGAGAAUGAUGGUGAACGGUGUAUGGCGACAGUGUUAAGAAAAGAUGGCGAAAGAAAAGCACUGCCAUGUAUCAGCAAGAAAAAACAAAAGAACAAAAAGGAAUAGCA